UCUAAAGAAGAUCCAAACGAAACCUUGGCGCCAUUAAGUGGCUCUUUCCCGCUAAGAAACACAGCAAUGAAAGUGACAAGUCAAUCCAAAUAAUUCAAUUGGGUAUUUUAUUUGGCUAUUGAUCGCCAAUCAACAAAAGACAAACACAAUAGACGACAUGGAUAAGGAUUCAAGGGCAAGAGAGCUAUCACUGGCUCGCAGUUUACAAAAAGCCCUCAAAGUUAAGGACAGUAAGACUGGAAAAGUUAUUUUAAGAGACAACGUCUUCGAAGACUCUAAACUAGAAGACGAGAUCAAUCAUAUAGAACAUUUACAGAAAAAAGAAGAAAACCGGCUUCGAUGGGAGAAGGAAUUUAUGAAGAAAAGGUUACUUCGACGUGGUAAAUCGAAACCGGAAUUAUUAACCUUGCCACCGAUUGAAGGAGGAGGGAGACUCAAUUGCAGUCCAAGAAUAAGUCGAAGUGUAGUUAAACGCUUUACAAAUAUGGAGGACUUCUGGUCUAAUGAUUCUUCGCCGGAACGAAGCUUACAUUGUUCACUGGACGACGUUCACGAGAAACCACGACACAACGUGGUCUCCACGCGAUCUUUACUCGCCUCGCACUCCGCGCAGUCGACAACUUUACCAGCAUUGUUAUCGCCGAGUUUGAUGAGGAAACACUCUAUGAAUGAUCCUAGAUUUAGAAAACUGUUACAAAAUCUGAUCCCUAAGACUGAACUCAAGAAGACUAUGUCAAGUGAACUAUAAUCUUGCGAAAAUUACGCAAUACUUGCGCGCAUGAAACGGGGGGAAAACAAAGGGGAGCAAUUUCUUGUUAAAAAAUUGUUUAACUAAACAUGGCCUAACAGAUACGAAAAACUUUAAUUAAGGGCUACCUGAACAACGAUAAAAAAUUGUCUUAAAUUUUUACACAGUCUGCGGCAACUAAAGUAAUUGACGAGUUGACUGAAUCUAUUGUACUGUGAUAUUUUUGAGUACAACACAAAUUACAGAAAGGAAACUUGAAAGCU